UACGGUAGCCGUGUAACGACGUUUCAAAAUAAACGAUGGAAUAUGUUGUGUGCGCCACCCAGAUCGCGAUUUCGAUCAUCCUUCCUAUCUGGAUCAUUUGCUUGUUCAACAAGUACAUAAGAGAUCAGCUGUCGUAUUAUUUGGGUUUAGAUAUACAGUUCAUUUUAAAACGACGAUGGGCUCUUUGGUGCAUCUCCAAGGAAAAGAAAACGAACAAAGUUAAAGACAGGAACGAUGAAAUAAUAUCCAAAAUAAAGACUAUUCUGAAACCAUGCGCGGAUAAUCCGAAAAUUAUUAUUGAUGAGAAUAGUUGCGAUAGCGUAUUUUUCUAUGGUGCUGAUCAAAAAGGCAAUUCAUUACUCGUUAAGAUGAAUCACCGGGGAUACCAUAUGGCAGAAUUAGAAUUGCAACUGACGUUAUCGAACGGUCGAAUCUACGUGUUACCUGACUAUCCUAAUACGAUUACAAUAGAGACUACGGGACAGAAAUGGUCAGCAUCGGGUUUGAAAAUUGAGGUGUUAGAACCGCGACAGCGUUGGAGAAUCGUUUACAAUGGUCUCCUCCGGAAUCAGUGUCGAGGAGACGUAUCCAACGAUGACAAUGUGGAACAUAUCCGUUUAAAUUUCAUUUUUAUGGGAAAUUCGCGAACAUUAGAGUGGCCAAGCGACUGGAGUCCUCAUUUGCACGCGGACGCUUUGGCACAUGAACCAUGGAGGAAUCCAGAUUGGAUGCACAAAAUCAAAUUGAUCAAUUACAAUGGAUUUGAUCAAUGGGGAUCUAUCAUGGGGCAGAUCACGUUCAAAGAUUCAAAUUCGAAUGCACUUUAUUUACGCGGACUGUGUCAACGACGUUGGGGUAAACACGAAUUCUCUCAAUUCCAUCGCACUGUUAGCUUCCUUGGGGUGACUACUUACGGAGCAAUGUAUUAUAUUGGUGUGAGCAAGACAAAAAAUAGUUUUUCAUACAUGCAAUAUGGUCAUAUUAAGGACAACAGAGGGAAAGUAUCUACAAUUGAUUGGACCGAUCUAAAACUGAACGAUUUUGAAGAAGGAGAUACUGUUCUCAUGAAUUACAAAAUUGCAUUUAAAGCGGCUGGAAAGCAGUAUAACGCUCUUAUCAACUAUACAGUGGGCGACGCAACGGUUUGCUACAAUGGCCAGCCGUGGUGUUGGACGAAUACAACUCGCAAUUUGCGUGUGGAAUUAAACGACAGUAGGGGUGUUGGGCUGAUGAUUAUGUGUUGUCCGUACACUUGGUCGAAGCAGGCCAAGUUUCCGGUCCCGAGAAUUCAGUAUUUGACGCGACCUGAUACAUUCGCGCAAAAAGAUAAGUACACCCUGCUCUUCGAUGAUAAACAGUGUCAAAAUGAAAGCGUCGUUGGAGGAAAAGGAUAUUCCCUUGCGGUUUUGACAUCCGUCGCUGAUGAUGAUGAUUUUAUAGUACCUCAGGGCUUCUGUGUGACACGUCUCGCUUUAGAGCGACAGUUGCGGCAUUACAAACAAUUAGAAGAAUUAAUCGCCGACAUAGUAGAUAUUAGCUGCUGCAAAAAGAAGGAAGAUCUUAAAACUUAUUGUCAAAAGGCGGUAGAUAUUAUUCAGGAGACACCUGUCGAGGGAGAGAUUAGAAAAGCGAUACUAGAGGAUCUGGACAAAUUGGAAUCCAUAAAUAAAAAUAGUAUACGCGUACUAUAUGCCGUAAGGUCUAGCGCUGUUGGAGAAGAUAGUGAAGACACUUCGGCCGCCGGUCAAAACUCGACGUUCCUGGGCGUGAGCGACGCAGAUGACGUUAUCAAGAGUGUUGCUAAAUGCUGGGCAAGCCUAUUCUCAUAUCAAAGUGUUCAAUAUAGACGACAAAAUGGAUUACCCAUAAAAGCGUCUAUGGGCGUGUGCAUUCAGCGAAUGGUCGAUGCGGAUGCAGCCGGAGUCAUGUUUACCAGACACCCCAUGACUGGAGAUCCAUCCAGCAUUCUUAUCACAUCAAAUUACGGUUUGGGAGAGACGGUUGUAUCAGGGACGGUCGAGCCUGAUACUUUGACAGUUCACAGAAAGUGGGACAACACUCUGACCAUGGGCACUUCAGUGCUGGGAAAUAAAGGACAGAAAGUAUCGAUGAGCGGCGAUGGUGUGGUUACCAGCAAUACAAGUGAACAAGAAACCAGCAGAAUUUCGAUAUCUGACGAGACUGCACUGCGACUAGCUAAAAUAGGAUUGUGCCUGGAAUCGAUUUUCGGAUCUGCUCGGGAUGUUGAAUGGGCGGUGGUCGGUGACGCGAUCUUCCUGCUGCAAGCCCGGCCCAUUACAACUAUAAAUGCGUGGACAGAUUUUGAGCUGAUGCACGAGUUAGAUAGCGGUGUGCCAUGCGACGUUGAUCUCAUGAGCUUUGCCAACGUCGAGGAAGUUCUCCCUCAGCCUGUUACGCCUUUGACCAUCUCUACUAUCAUAAACAUACUGAAUUUGUCGAUGGGUUCGAAAUUCGACGUGCACGAUAACCAUUAUCUCGUCACGGUCGGCAUGAGAUGCGCGAUAAACUACUCUGACUCAACUUUGCGAGAUGCCGAUACUGAAGUCACGAUGGCGAAUAGAAUGAUAGAUAUAGCUAUUUGCGGGCGUGUAGUAACGACGCCCGAGGUACACGAAAUGGCGAUAAAAAAAUUCGGUACCGUAAGCAAGUGGCGGAGGGUAUACCUGUUAUUCGAUACUCUUAGAACGGCGUGGAAGAAUGACAUGGUGAUAAAAGCAGUGACCGAUUUAUUUAAAGAGUACACUCUGAACGCUGAUGAAUUUGAUACACCUCGUAAUUUAUAUAAUGCUAUAAAUCAAAAAUAUAAAGAAAUUUUCCAAAUAGGAAGGUAUCAUAACUUGACAUCUCUCGUAAGCGUCACUUAUCAAAUGACAGCAAUGUCACUUUUAACGAAGGGAAGCGAUGAAUUUACAUCCGAUCAUCACGCGGACAUCGCUGUUCUAUUGAGCUCCUGCACCAAUGUUAUUAGCACUGAAGUACCAAUAGCUCUCGGCAAAAUAGCAGCGUGCAUCAGGAAGAGCGGCAAGGCAGAAGAAUUUAGCAAAGUCAAACCCGCGGAAGCAGCGGAUUGGUUAAAAUUGAACUGUCCUGCUGCUGCGGAAAAAUUGCAGACCUUCUUCGAAGUGCAUGGUCACAGAUGCAUUCAAGAACUUGAUUUUUAUGCGGAACCUUGGGGAUUGAAACCCGAUAGUAUCAUUAGUACAAUUCAAGCACUAGCGGUAUCCCUCCAGGAGACUUAUGUAAGCAAACCGCUUAACGUAGAGACAACCAUAGCGUCCCUGAGGACGCCUAUAUCACCGUCGACCAAGUGGCUUUUACGAAAAUUGAUACCUCGUUGUCGAAAAGCCGUCACGUAUAGAGAAAAGACAAAAAGUAUUAUAACUCAUACGAUACACAUAUUAAGACUAGCUUACAAACGGCUUGGAUCAUUAAUGGUUGCGGACGGUUACAUACCCGAUGAAAAUCUCAUAUUCUUCUUGACGCAUUAUGAGAUCGGGCAAAUCUUGAACAAUCACAAUCCGUUGCUCAUACGAAAAGCGUUACGUAGAAAGAAGAUCCAUCAGCAAGUAGCGACACACGAGUACGCGGAAUUCAAUAUGGGCAUGCCUGUACCAAUACAGAAGACAUUGGACGUUCAAGCCAACGAAGGAUCCACCAAGGUCGAAGGUACUUCGGUUUGCGGAGGUUCUGUGCUGGGUAGAGCGUGCGUAAUAACGAAUUUAGCCGAUGCAAACUGCAUACAGCACGGUGACAUUCUAAUCACGCAUUGCACCGAUAUCGGUUGGAGCCCAUACUUUCCCUUAUUGGGAGGAAUCGUGACUGAAUUGGGCGGUAUUAUAAGCCACGGCGCCGUUGUUGCAAGGGAAUACGGCCUGCCUUGUAUCGUCAAUGCUAAAGCCGCGACACAAGCUUUUCAAACGGGGGACACUGUGUUGUUAGCUGCAGACGUCGGUGUAUUGCAGUUGAUUGAGAAAGCCUAAUCGAUCAACGAUGUAAAACAAAUCAUGGUUAUUGCAUCCCGGUUGCAUCAAGUAUACCUCAGCAAUAGUACAAAGCUCUUUGAUUUUACUUAUCCCAAAGAGAGAAGUAUCAUCUUGAGAAUUAUUUCUAUAAUUCAUACAAAUAUCCAUAAAAAAUAAAGUACAAAU